GACGGGGUUAAAUGUGUUCCAAUAUGGCAGCACCGGCAGCUCCACCAAACUCAGAGAGUGAUGAGGUUGACGAAUUAUUUUCACGGUUUAUGUCCGAGGUCAAAGAGAUUGAGAAGCGAGAUUCUGUUUUAACUGGACCACAGCAGAUAGAGAGGCUGACAAGGCCUGGAUCUACUUACUUCAAUCUGAAUCCUUAUGAGGUUCUCCAGCUACCUACUGAUGCCAAAGAAGAAAUAAUAAGAAAACAAUACAGAAAGCUGUCAUUCCUGGUCCAUCCUGACAAGAACAGAGAUGACUCAGACAGAGCCCAAAAAGCAUUUGAAGCUGUCAGUAAUGCUCAUCAGUUACUUUUGGAUAAUGACAGAAUGAAAAAGGUUCAUGAAAUUCUUGAAGAAGCACAAGCAAUGGUCAAGGCUAAUCUUAAGGAAAAGAAAAAGCAGGCAAGGAAAGAGGGCAGAGAGAAGAUUGAAGAAGAGGAAGAUCCAGAUAAGUUAUCAAAACUAGUCCACUCCACAACUGUCAAACUGUUUGCUGAUUAUGAAAUUAAGAGGAGGGCACAAGAGGAAAAAGAUACUGAGCUGAGGAAGCGACAACGUGAACAAGAGAUAGCUGAAGAAGAAGCAACAAAGAAGAAGAAAGAGUGGGAAAAACAAUGGGAGGAAAGUCGCACAAACCGCGUAGAUAGUUGGAGAACGUUUCAAGCUGGAGGGAAAAAGAAGAAAGAAAAAAAGGGUCGCACUGCUUUCAAACCACCUGCCCUUAGACCUGAGAAACGCUGAGCAUCAGAGAGUGUUCUAAGUCCUAAAUCGCUAAAAUUGCUCUCCCUGAUUAUUCUUUCAACUGUAAAUAUUUUUAUACUCAUUAUCUGAAGCGUAAUAAAUUCUGACAUGGUUA